CAAAAGCAGAGCACACACGGGUGGGCGUUAAAUUGGCGCCAUCGACAUUUUCUGCCUCUGCCUUCCUCGCCGCUCCAACCCCUUUCAGAUUGGCAGAUUCUAGCAGCUCGUCGCCGGCCGGGUCCAUCAUCGCCCAUCGCGCGUUUAAGUAGGCAUGGGAAAGAAGCACGCGGCAGGUGGUGGCGGCUGGUUCGCCGCCGUCAGGAAGGUUUUCCGGCCGUCGUCGACCUCCUCCACCUCUGGCACCACCUCGUCCAAGGACAAGGACAAGGAUCCGUUGCAGCAUGGUAAACAGUGUGCGUUUCAGGACGGCGCCGUUGAGGAGGAGCCCGGCGAGGAGCCAGAGGUGCUGCUUUUGGAGCACUUCCCGGCGUCAGAGACAUCGGCAGAAGCGAGCAACGACAACGAGGGUGGGGAUGCGGAAGUGGUGGCACUGACAGCAGCAGUGAGGAAUGGUCAUCGUCUUCAGGAGGACGAGGAAGAAGAGGAGGAACUGGCCGACGACAUGGAGCGUGCGAGGGCGCUAGCUGCCGCGGCUGAGGCUGCGGUGGCCGCGGCGGAGGCGGCCUCCAGAGUGGUGCGGCUGGCGGCACUCCGGCGCUUGUCGCGGGAGGAGCGCGCCGCCGUACGCAUCCAGGCCUACUACCGCGGGUACCUGGCCCGGCGAGCCCUGCGCGCACUACGUGGCCUGGUGCGCCUGCAGGCGCUGGUGCGCGGUCACCAGGUGCGGCGGCAGGUGCACCUCACCAUGCGCUGCAUGCAGGCCCUCGUCCGAGCCCAGGCCCGCGUCCGCGCGCGCCGCGUCACCCAGCACCCGCUCCUCCUCCUCCCGCCGCCGACACCUCCAGCCAGCCGCGCCACCCUGCUAGGAGCGCCAUACGUCGAGCCGGCAUUGCAAGGCCACCGCGACGUCAGUGACGACGGCGAGGUGGCAGACCUGCUGCUGAGGCAGAGAAGCAGAAGCAGAAGCAGAGGCAGGCUCGGAAGAGGCGAGGAUAACGGCGGCGGGAGGAGCCCUUCCGGCGCCUGGGACAGCAGUAGCCGCACCCUGGAGGACGCCAGGGCCGAGGGCGCGCGCCGGCACGACGCCGCCGCACGCCGAGAGCGGGCGCUCGCCUACGCCUACGCCUACCAGCAGCGGCAGUGCCAGCGGCAGGAGGACGAGAAGGCCGGCCUGGGCUUCCACUGGCUGGAGCGCUGGAUGGCCGCGACGCAGGCGCAGCAGCAGCAGCAGGAGCAGGAGCAGGAGCACGCGCCCGACCACGCCAAGACUACGCACCAGAGCGCCACCACCAGGACGACGUCCUACGUCACGGCGGCCGCUGCUUUCCCGAACGGCAUGUCGGAGAAGACGGUGGAGAUGGAGACGUCGUUUGGGAGUCCACUGAACCAUCAUGCCGCCACGGUUGCGCACGGGCGGCCGCCCGCCAUCCCAGGCUACAUGGCCGCGACAAGGUCCGCUCGAGCCAAGGCGCGUCCCGUGCCGCCGUCGGCUACACCGACGCACGCCAGGAGCCGGUCCGGCGGCGGUCUCGCCGGGGACUCGUCGAGCUCGGGCCAGAACGGCAGUGCGAUCGCCGGGUACAGCCCGGACUCGAGCGGCACAGGGGAAUGGACCCCGCCGCGGUUCGGUGUCAGCACGCGCACCACCAACAGCAGGGUGGCCUAUACAUGAGCUUAACUUGAGCAUGGCAUUCAAGACAAAAAUCUAAUGCAUCGUCAUGACUCAUGAGUGUGCUUGAGAGUUGAGACGUGUUCGCGACUCAUUUUUGGUUGUUCUUGUUGUUCACAAUGUAUGUAUAGCUUGCUAUGUCAGAUGCCACGGCGCUUGAUGCUGCUGUAAAGUAAACGAUCUCAAUACUCAAAACGGUUGCAAAUAAACACUCGAGAAUUCUAAAUGUGUUAUUAUGGCUCAGCUGAGAUUGAAGCUUUUUAA